UGUAAUGUUUAUUGCUGAGCUGAGAUAUUUUGAAGGAAAAAGACUUAAUGUUUGUUAUGACUCGUCUGAAUGUUAACUAAACCGGCAAAUACAAUUAUUAAAAUCAAAAUGUAGUUGCUUUUAAAAUACGAGUAAUAAAGGACUGCAAUUUUGCCUCCUGGAUAUUUAAAAAAUUAUUGUUCUAUUUCUUUAUAUUUUAGAGUGUUAUGAUUAUGAAAUGCUACCCUCAAAAGGCUAUUUUAGAUCAUUAAACUGUCCUUAUUUUAAUAAUGGCUCUUGUGAUCGACCUCACUGCCAUUUUCGACACUCAAAGAAAGACAAAUUUGAUGAGGAUAGCCAACAACAGGAUGUAGACCAGUCAACUCAGGCAUUUGAGGAGGCAUCGAGGGACAGUGCAGACAUCUCUUGGCAGUCUGCAAGUACCAGCGUCAGCUACAAACCCACUCCAAUAGUUGAGUUGAAAAAACGCCACAUCCCUAUCAACACAGCCCCCAGUGUUAUUCUGUCAUCUUCCUCACAGAAGCGGAGGCUUGAGUAUGAUGUAAGAGGAAUAAAGAAACCCAAGGUCGAAUACAUUCCUGAAGCUCUCAAGACUGAACCUAGUUUAAAGAAAGUUUACUCUGCCAGUGAUGCUAGUUCUGUGUACAGAGCUACCAAAAUAUGUAACCAUCCUGACCAAUUGUCAAAUGGAGCAACCAACAAUAAUGAUGCUCCCCAACAAGACAAUGAAGAGAGUGAAGGGGAAAUUGAUUUUGACCAAGUGUCUAGUGAAUUAAACUUCUUAGAUGAGAUACUUAGACAGUAUGAAAAGCCUGUGUCAAUUAAAAGUCUCCUCGAUGAAGCCCACACCAGUGAAAUUUGUUCUCAGGACGAAGAGAAAAAAGAACACUUAUAUCAAACAUCCAAUUUAUCAACUGAAAAGUUAAGCAACGGUUUUCCAACACAUUGUCAAAGCUGUUCAGAGAAAAACAACAUAAGAUCAUUAGAUUCAGACAAUGGAAGUGUGCAUGAGAUAAAAAAACAUAAGGACGCUGAACACAAAACAAAAUCUAGCCACUCUGAUACUAAAACUAAAAAUGCAAAUAACCCCUCAAACUCUGUUGAUAAAUCAAAGCAAACAACAUCAAGCUCAAAAACAUUGCCAUGCAAUAAAGAUGAAAAUAAGGUAAACAGUGAGCACAGAAGAAAAUCAACCGAAAACCAUAAAAGUGACAAAGAAAGGAAAAAGAGUAAAAACGAUCCUGAGUCAUUGAAGUCUACGUCAAAAUCAAACAAAAAAGAGUCAGAAAGUGACAAAGCGUUUGAUAAAUUGCUCCUGAGCGACUCCAAUAAAUUAUCAAGUUCAGAGAAACGAUCAAAGAAAGAACAUAGCUCUGAUAAAUCUUCUAAAAAAGAUUCUGAACAUAGGAGUAGUUCAAGUAGCAGCAAGUCCAGAAGAAAAGAUUCUGAAAGAGAAUCUGGAUCAAGUAAGUCAAAAGAUACGGACCAUAAGGAUGGUUCCUCUAAAAGUCACAAGAAAGAAUCAGAUCAGCGGUCUACUUCCUCAAAAUCUUCAAAAUCUCAAGAAUCCAGUAGAAAAAGAACACAUAGUCAUGAGAGUCACAGUAGUAGUAAGAAAAACCGAGACUCUCAUAAAUCAGAUCAUAAACAGGGUGAUGGUAAAGAAAACUCUAAAUACAAGGAUGAAAAUAGGCAUAGAAAAGAGGGUAAUGAUAGGAGGAGUUCCAAUAAAGACCGAUCAUCGAAAGAUAAGGAACGCAGAGAAAAAAGGGAUAAGAAUUCUGAGAACAGUAAAAAGAAGCCAGCUCAUUCAGUUUCUGAAUCUGAAAGUUCAAGUGAUGAUGAUGUACAAAUAAUUAGUGAAUCAGGAUCCGUCAUUGUAAUUGACUCCGAAGAUGACUCAAAUGUGGAACAUAGUCCUGCACCGAAGAAAAGUAAAGUGGAAAAGGUAGAAAGCUCUCCCUCACCAGCUCGGAGCUCUGGCUUUGCUUCCCCUACAUUCCCUAGUGAUGUGUCUGACAAUUCUGAUGUGGAAAAUGAUUCUACCGCAGUUGUUCCUGUAGCCAAUGGCUCAAACUGCUUAACAAAGAAACAAGAGGAUUCUGAACUUUUAGAUCACCGUGUGCAGAGCAGAAUGAAGAGUAGAGUAUCUUUAGGAACUUCAUGGAGACCCCCCACUAAAAAAAGAGUAGAAAUAAUGACUCCAGCACAAAGGCUUCUUCUGUUUGCAAAACUCAGGGAACAAGAAGAAAAAGACAGUGAUACACAGUCAAAUCGAGUCAAAAUUGGUUGCGUACCCAACGUUCAACUACUGCUGGAAGAAAAACAACGAAUUUUAAAAAGCUCGACAAAGAUGCAGACUGGAGUCUCUGGCCCAAAUAAAUCCUACUCAACAGUAGUAGCAACCCCACCCGAGAUCAAAGAUGCUGCCCCCACAAAUCCGAUUACUGACAGACACCCCAAUAAAAGAGGUGCAGACAUUUUCACUCGUCGUUCUAUGCUGGAAAAACUGUAUAAAUGUGAGAGACAGCUGGUGCAUCCUAAAGGAACAUAUAAGGACGCACAGGACAAGUGUCUGAAAGAAGAGUUUAAAAUUUGGCGAGCCACCAAUCAUGAUGCGUAUGAAAAAGAAAUGCUCAUCUUGAUGUCACAACGUAAAUCAGAGCUGUCUGAUUUCACACUCAAAUACUUUGAUUUGAUUAGACCACGAUAUUCAACUCUAUUCCCUGCAGAACUGAAAAAGAAACCUGAAGCAGCUGUGAACCUACCUGAAUCUGACAGCAGCCAGAAGUGUGAUGGGUCUCUCUACUCUUGUCUGAAAAAGUUCCUUCUGACAGAGGAGCAACUCGAGGCAGAAGGCUACCCUAGAAAGAAAGCAUCUUCAACAAGCGGAAAAGUCAUCGCUUACAUCAAUCCCGAAAGUAUUAACAGAUGGAAGAAAGCUCAAGGCGUCCCUCCCACCGGCGAGUUUACUUGCAACAAUUGCAGCAAGUUUUAUUCCGUCGACGAGGAAGGGUUGAGUUUAAAAAGAUUUGACUGUAGCUAUCACGCCAAGAAGGCAUGGAUGACCUCAAAAGAAAAAUCUGGCCUUCUUGGGAAAAAAGCUAGAUGUUGCGGAAACGACAUUGACAACCCCUGCAUGUCCUCAGAGUUUCAUUCCACAGAGACUCGGGACAUGCAGAACUUGGAUGGGUAUGUUGAGACUUUAGAGCCAAGAGGGAAGAUGCCCGUAGGAGGCUGGGGGGUAUUCGCCAUGGACUGCGAAAUGUAUUGGUCAACCAGGGGCUCUGAGCUUGGUAGAGUGACAGUUGUAAAUGCAGAGCUCAGGACUGUAUAUGACACUUUUGUCAAGCCAGAGUUCCCAGUAACUGACUACUGCACUAGAAUGAGUGGCCUAACUAAAGAAAAUCUGGGAAAGGCGAAAAAAUCAUUCUCUGAAGUUCAGGCAGAUAUGUCAAAGUUGUUUAAUAACAAAACUAUACUGAUUGGGCAUUCCCUGGAAAACGAUUUGAAAGCACUCCAGAUUGUCCAUCCUACAGUAGUGGAUACGGCUGUUGUGUUUAAGAAGUCUGAUGAUAAGAAACAAGCACUUAAAGUAUUAGCCAGUGAAUUACUUAGUGAGGCAAUUCAAAAUGAAGAAGACGGGCAUGACUCGGCAGAGGAUGCUGUGACAUGCCUGAAACUGAUGUUACUUAAAGUGAAAAAAGAAGCAGCUGCCCAAUCAAAAAGGGCACCACCAAUGUACCGAGAGAGGUACAACAAGGUUGUAAACUAACCACCACCACUGAUCUGACCACCAAGUUGCCUAUAUAUUGUGUCAAGUGUAAAGUAGCUAUAUUUUUCUAUUUUUAUAACAUUAUUUAUAAAAUAUAUUAUAAAACUGAUAUUUAAAAUAAGUUCUCAUUCAUAGAAUAAUCCAAAUUACAUCGGUAAUUCUCAACUUUGAAAUGCAAGCUAUGGUAUGGCGAGCACAAGAAACGUGAGCGCAAACAGGAUAGUGUUACGUUUGGUAUACUUUUAUCUAUUGUACUUUAGAUAAUUCGGUUUUUAAUUAAUCAUAAAUCUCUGAGCCAAUUAGAAGUGAAGACUUAUUGAAAUUAUUUGAAUCAUUUAUGCUUCAAGUCUGUUAUAAACCUUGUUGAAAAUGAUGUACUGGGUCUUUGCUCUCCAUUAUUUUAAUUCUUGCAAUUAUUGAAUGAGAGAACUUCUGAUGCAUAAAUUGUCCUCCUCCUCACCCAACACAAAAACGUAAUAAUCAUAAACCAAAAUUCACACUUUCUAUUGAGAUUUUGUUCUAAAUUCUAAUGAAGUUGGAGACAUACUGGUACAAAUUUGCUAGUUAGCAAGUUUGUUGGUAUUAUUGUAGCAAACCGAUCAAACUAGUUCAGUGGGACCUAUCCACUAUAAUUGAUUGACUCAUAAUAAUUAGAUAUUUGGACUAAAAGAAAUAAAAACUGAGAAAAUUAUAAAGAAUGAUUUAUAUAUGGAAGUAAUAGUAUUUAAGUAAUUAAGUGUUUUUAAGAACAGUGACUAGCUAUGUAAUACUAAGUACUAGUCUAGGUUUAGACCUAUAUUGUUUAACUUGUUUAACCUUCCAACUGAUACGUAUUAUGGUCCUUUAUGAUGAGCAUUUUUUAAAUUCGGUGAAAUUUUUUUCAUGUAUUGGAAAGAGUAACUAAGUUAAAAGUCAUGCUUAUUAAUUUAACUAAAACAUGUUCAUACCUUGUACUGGAGAACAGUCAUGGCCUUCAAAAGUGUACAAAAAUUUCACAUUUUUACUUUAAAAUAGUUAUGGUUUUCACAUCAUACAACAUCAUACAAACACUUAUUAAAAAAGUAAAAUAGCAAUUUUUCCAAAUUUAAUUUGCAAUUAAAGAUAUUUAUAGUUUAUUGUUUUUUU